AUGAGCACCAGCGCGGGCGAUGGCGGUGAGAUUGCCGCGAGGUCCACCACCAUCAGCGGCGGCGGCGGCGGCGGCGGCGGCGGCGGCGGGGACUCAGACGCGUCGUGCUGGUACUCGCGCGUGGAGCGCCGGCAGUGCCGCGUGGUGCACGACGAGGACGGCCGCCCCGUGAAGGAGUGCGAGCGCACGCGCGAGGUGCUGCGCCAGUGCGCCGGCGGUACACCCCCCACCCUCAAUCCCUUGGUCCUCCUCGCAUCCCCACUUGCACCCCGGUGGCUCUCCCCCCCCCUCGCUACCCGCGGACCUCCCCUCUCUCCCGGACAUGAUUCGCGCAGCCGAGCAGCUAGCCUCGGAGGUUCUCACCAGGUUCGGCAUGAGCAAACCAACGGGUUUCCCAGGCUCGGGAGACGGUGA